AUGGAUUUCUCCCCUCCACAAAAUCACCCGCCGAUAUCACGUGAAGCGGAGGCGGAAGCAAGAACCGAUUUUCGAGCUGAAGACACUACCGAAAGCAUCGGUAGCGUCUCCGGUGACAUCUCCGAAAAAAAAAGAGACUCCGGCCAACAAAGUCAAGGAGACGCCAAAUGGCCUCCCGAAAAUGAAGUCGUUUUUGUCAAUGUUCUGUUGGACGAAGUUGUGAUGGGAAACCGUGUAGCCUGUAAGUUCACACCGAAUCAAUGGGCGACCAUUCUUGCGAAGUUCAAGGAGCAGUGUCCUAUUCACUAUCCUUACAAAGUCGCACAACUGCAAAGUAAGUACCAACGAAUGAAGGCAAAUCCGAGUUAUCAUGACAUGGAGGGCAAAGUAUGUGUGCACUACGAAGCGUUGAUGACUAUUUUUCAUGGGACGACCGCUACGGGGUCGAAUGCAAGGGCAUCGACUCAACGUGUGACCGAGGGACGUGGUGAGCCAUCUGGAAUGGAGACCCCGACAUCUCAUCGAUGGAAUGCUGGGCAGAAUCAGUCCGUUCGUCGAAGGAGAAGCACGAAGUCCAGUUUCGACACCGCCAUGUACUCGUGGUCCGACUUGAAUGUGUCGCUGAAAGAAAAAAAACAACAAACCCGUGAAGCUAACAACGAUGGAACAGAAAAUGUGCGACCUCCAAGCUAUGCCAAAUAUGGACGAAGAUCUUUUCUAGUUUGUUUGCAAUAA